CGUCCACCAUGCCAUCGCAAUCGAGUAGGGCAGCUGCUGCACGCCCAGAUUUGUCCGUCAUUCUCGUUACUGGAUCAUAUGAUCAUGAUAUACGCUUUUGGGAAGCCUGGAGUGGAAUCUGCUCGAGAACAAUCGCGCGGAAGGACGAGUCCGGGCAAGUGAAUCGCCUAGCGAUCUCUCCAGACAAGCGUCUAUUAGCUGCCGCAAUUCACAAGAAAGUCAAUAUAUAUGAAGUUGCGAGUACUUCGUCUACUCCACUCAUAACGUUUGAAGGGCACAAUGCAAACAUUACAUCGGUGUCAUUCCACAGUGAAGGCAAGUGGGUAGUGACCGGCAGUGAAGAUGGGACGAUCAAGAUCUGGGACCUUCGAAGCACUCAUCUCCAUCGGAACUACGAUAAUGAGGCUCCCGUCAACGACGUGGUUGUGCAUCCGAACCAAGGAGAACUCAUCUCGUGUGACCAAGCCGGAAGAAUUAAGCAAUGGGACCUUUCCGAGAACAUCUGCACACACGAACUGACCCCAGCAGGCGACACCCCCAUGCGCUCAAUCAGCCUUGCCUCUGACGGUUCCUGCCUUGUUGCGGGCAAUUACAAGGGCAAGUGUUACGUCUGGAAAAUCAAUGACGAGCGAUCGGACCUUCCGAGGUUCCAGGCCGUCACUAAAUUCCAAGCGCAUACGAAAUACUUGACGAGAUGCCUGCUCAGCCCCGAUACCAAGUAUCUGGCCACAUGCUCGGCAGAUACCACAGUGAAGAUAUGGUCCUUGACGCCAACGUAUGAAUUCAAAAUGGAAAAGGUUCUGCAAGGCCAUCAGCGAUGGGUGUGGGACUGCGCUUUUAGCGCUGACUCUGCAUAUCUCGUGACCGCAUCUUCAGACCAUACAGCGCGUCUGUGGGAGAUGGCGUCUGGAGAGACUGUGCGACAGUACACUGGUCAUCACAAAGCUGCUGUCUGUUGCGCGUUGCACGAUGGCGCCGGCUAGCCUGUGCCCCCGAAUUUUUUUACAUCAUGCUGCCCCAUGCUCGUCAAUUAUGUCUUCAUUCUCAACCUGUGCCUAACACGCAGGCGAGAGCAUAUGGGAAUUCGACAGAUAGAUACUGUGGGCUGUGCUGCAAGCUAUUCUCAGGGGUAAUAUCUAUAUUAUUAUUGACCAUGUCGUGUCCGUGUGUGCAAUCUGGGGCACCCUGUAUGGCAUGUUUCGCGUUCGGGAUCUAGGCCUUUGGCGGGAUGCUUGCGCCCGCCGGCUAUGGGACAGCAGGACGUCAUGAAUAUCG